ACAUUUGAUGACUGUUGGUGGCCAACAACGGAAGCGGAAACCUCGUGCUCGCUCAUCCUAGCACGCUUGCAAACGGCACCUGCAAAUUUUCAGGUUAACGUUCGCGCGAGUGAAUUUGUACACGCGUAUAACAAGCGCAACGUUCUUGUAAAUUUUUAUCCGAGUGCGCGAAUGUAAAAACCUGCACGAUUAGUAAUCAUGGCAGUGCGCUUACAAUUCGAGAACAAUAACGAGAUUGGCGUCUUCUCAAAGUUAACGAAUUCUUAUUGCUUGGUCGCGAUCGGCGGCUCCGAAAACUUUUACAGCGUAUUUGAAGCAGAAUUAGGAGAUACAAUUCCUGUUGUUCACGCAUCAGUGGCAGGAUGUCGUAUUAUAGGCCGAUUGUGCGUAGGAAACAAAAAUGGACUGUUAGUACCAAAUACAACAACGGAUAUAGAAUUGCAACAUAUACGGAAUUCCUUACCGGAUGAAGUAAAAGUACAGAGAGUGGAGGAGAGGCUCUCCGCUCUCGGUAAUGUUAUAGCGUGUAACGAUUACGUCGCUUUAAUUCAUCCAGAUCUGGACAAGGAAACUGAAGAAAUUUUAGCGGACACCCUCAACGUCGAGGUAUUUAGGCAAACUGUUGCGAGCAACGUUCUCGUUGGAUCAUACUCUAUCUUGUCCAACCAGGGUGGUUUGGUACACCCGAACAUGGCCAUACAGGAACAAGAUGAACUAUCUUCUCUCCUACAAGUGCCGCUCGCGACUGGAACAGUUAAUAGAGGUAGCAACGUGAUCGCUGCUGGUAUGGUCGUGAACGAUUGGGUCGCUUUCUGCGGCAUGGACACGACCUCAACGGAAAUCGCUCGUAUCGAGAGUGUUUUCAGACUUAACGAAGUUAACCCGAGUGCUAUAACGUCGAGCAUGCGUGCGUCUUUAAUAGACGACAUGGAAGUCGAGAAAUACUGAAGAAGAUGUAACGUGCGAUCGCAUUCAACAAUUUUCCGUGUAACAAUUCUAAUUGUUUAAGUAUGUUAAAGGAGUAAAAUAAGGAAUAAGAGUAAUCACACGCACUUUUCCAGAAGUAACAGUAUCGAUUGAUCGAAACCUUACUGUUACUUCUUACGGAAAGCGUGUGUGAUCACCCCAAGACUUUCCCCAAAGUCGCAGAAACCUCUUACUGGACUCUAUAAAGCAUGUACAUACACAUAAAACUUGAUAUUUAUGGCUUCUCACAUCUGCACAAGAUCCUUUCCACGACGUAUCUAAAGCAAAUAUCCUUACCUAGAUGUAUGUACCUAAAUGUUAAAUGUAUUAAAAGACUAUUAAAAUUUGUAUAUGUAAAAUA